AUGGCGCGUCCCUGCUUCACUAAUCUGCCGACGGAGAUUCUCGAGGCCAUAUUCCUGAAUCUGGAUCCUCACUCUCUCGUCGCUGUAUCGCAGACGAACAGGCUCAUCAAGCGGCUCACAACCGAUGCGCCCAUCAUCUGGCGUCACCUUUGCAAGACGCAGUUCAAAACAUGGGAUUCUCGCCACAACAUCGCCGCAAAGUUUGCCGCGCCCUUGUCCGACGUAGAUUGGCGCGCCUUGUACAUGACUAAACACACAAUUAACCGCCGUACAAGAGAACUGCUCAAUCACAUCAUCGCCACUCAGCACGGGCGCAUCCGCUGCAUCAACGACAUUGCAGACUAUGGGUACGACGCAAAAGAGACACUGCUCAAAGAAUGCGCCUGUCCAGACGAUGCCGAAGAUGUGCUGGCAAGAAGAUACUAUGCGAAUGCCGUCCUGGAGCGCAUACAUCGUGAAGUCGCCAUCAAGGUAUGGACUAGUCUGCAUGAUGGAAAUGACGUACCCAUCGAGAGAGCUCUAGGCGCAUACGAUGUGUUUGCCAGAGUUGGUGAAGAGGUUGAUGUUGAUGUCGUCGCGAACGACAUCGGCGAACUAGCUGACGGCCUGCUGCAAGAAUACCCAAACUUCCGUGACUGGAGUCCACGCGACAAGGCUUAUACCCUAGCCUCAUUCCUUCGGGAUCGCGGCUUCAACGGUGUUCCCGAUGCUUCAUACCGUGCGCUGCGGAACUCGUUCAUCGGACUCGUACUGCGCUCGGCUGCCCAUGAGUCACUUCCUCUGAUCUCUGUAGCCAUAUACUGUGCGAUAGCUCGACGCGUUGGCCUCGAUGCGCGGCCUUGUGGCUUCCUCUUUCAUGUCUACACUCUUGUGUACGCACCCAAGAACUAUGAUCUUAAUGGAAAGUACAAGCCUACCAGCUCCAGUGAACGCGAAUACAUGUACCUGGAUCCUUUCCGCUCUACGUCAGAAGUGCGACAGGGCGACUUGCAGCGCACACUACGGAACAUGGGUGUCCCGAGUAGCGAACAUCAAAGUUUCCUGAGCGAUACUAACACAAGAGAAAUGGUUCUGCGUACAGCACGCAACAUCAUGAACUCUGUGCAAAUGAUUCGCGAAACCGAGGCUGGAAUGGGUACCAUCCAAUCGUCAUGGAUAAACGCCAAUCCCGACAUGGACAAUGCCUUUUACGCAACCAUAUGGGCUAUGUUGCUCCUUGGACCAAAUGAUGACACCUCCAAUAUAGGACACACCACCAUCCGGCGCCGCCAGUACCUGCCUUAUCUGCUCGAGCACUUCCAGAUGCAUUACCCGUGGGAUGUUACCCUGCUAUCACGCUACGUUAUCCCCAUGUUCUACAAUCAACUCGAAGGGCACCGGUUAUUGUCCUUUGUGCAGAACAUGCAUCAAAUGGAUGCCAUACGCAAACCCAGAGUCACCCGUUCCGAACGUACGCGGAACGUUUCCUUCAAAGUCGGCCAGCUGUUUCAACACAAGCGGUAUGGUUACGAGGGCGUCAUUACCGGAUGGGAUGUGGUGUGUGACGCAAACGAAGACUGGAUUCAGAACACGCGCGUUGAUUCCCUGCCAAAUGGUAGGAACCAGGCUUUCUAUCACGUCCUUGUCUGCGACAAGUCAGUUCGCUACGUUGCCGCUGAGAACAUUCAACCCGUCAGUGAAGACACAUAUCCUUCAGAAGCGUUGCUGAAGCUCGCUGGACGACACUUCAAACGCUGGGAUGAUGAGCACCACUGCUUUGUAAGUAACGUACGUGAUGAAUAUCCUCACGACUAG